UUUUUUUUUUUCCUUCUUCUCAUUAUUGAUUUUCCUUAUACAAAUUAUUUUUUAUAAAGCUUCAAAAAAUCAAACAUCUUUCAAAAUUCUCUUCUUUAAAUUUUACUUACUCUUAACUUUUAUCUUGCUUACGAUGAGCUCAAACUCUUCUCAAUUCGUCUUUAACUCUCUUCAAGAGAUGUUCUCUCAUUUCCAAACUCAAUUCAAUGCACUUGACACGUUGCAUAAUGAAAUUGGUCUUGAUGACAAUCAAAAGAAACAAAAACAACAAGUAAUCAUGGAAAGCACUCUUCAACUUAUUGAUCAAGAGAUCACUACUGCUACCACUGAAAAGCAACAGUUAUUGCAAGAGAUCAACAAUGUUCAAAAACAGAUCUUCUUAUAUAAGCAAAAGAUGGGUGAAUUUGCCACUGAUGAAGCUCACUUGGAUACAAACAAGUCUUUAUUGGAAAAUUUGAAUAAUUUCAAAAAUGAAAAACAAGGCGUUGAACAUCGUUACAACGAAAGACUUUUGCAAGUCAAAGAAUUGCGAUCUAAAUUGGAAAAGCUCCAAAAUAUAAUGCCUAGCUUUGCUAAUACAAAUGAAUUAUUGGAAUAUGAAGAACUUACUGAUGUUUCAAACAUUACUACUGCUGCCUUGGAAGAUGAAAUUGCACGCUGUGAAGAAAAAUUAAUGUCAAGAAAAGAAACUGCCUUUCAUUUAUCUGGUGAACUAGUCCAAUUGUUACAAGAAUUAGGCUUGCAAGCUCAAAAUGAAAGAGAUCAAUUUAUCAUUGAAUUUUAUAAUAAACUAGCAUCAAAGCAAUCAACAGAAGAAUCCUCUUUAACUGAUCAAGACAUUGAUAAUAUAGCCUCUGAUGCCUUUGAAGAUUAUUUAACUGCUCGUUUAACUGAAUUGAAACGUCAAAGACAGACUAUUUUGUAUAAUCAAGAAGAAAUCAUUGAAUUAUUGAAGCCUCUCUGGCAAAUGUUGAAUGUUCCUGAAGAAGAAGUGAAUACAUUCUUAAUGAAGAGUAAAAGCUUAAAUGUUGAUAAUAUUCAUAUUUUGGAAAAUGAGCUUAAAAAAAGAACCCAAGAAAAAGAUCAACGUCUUGGUGAAUUUAUUGAAACAGAACGUAAAGAACUUGAAAACCUUUGGGAUCAACUUUGCUAUAGUGAAGAACAAAGAUACACAUUUAGUCCUGCAUUCACAAAUGAAACAAGUGAUCAGGUACUUGUCCAGCUAAGAAAAGAAGUUCAACACCUUCAAGCAAAAAUUCAGGAUAGUUCCUUGUUAUCCACUCGUAUCCAAAGAUACAGCAAACUUCAACAGGAACAAAGAAAAUUCUUAGCUGCGACAAGUAACCCUGAUCGCUUGUUUGACUUCAAAAACAAAUACGGUCCUGGUUACCUUCUGCAAGAAGAAAAAACCAGGAACCUUAUCAACAAGGAACUCCCCAUCGCAACCAAGGCAUUGAAAGCAGCACUUGUCGAAUAUCAAGAACGAACAGGUGCUGCUUUCAUGAUGUACACAAAGUCCUAUUUGGAGGUGCUCUUUGGCGAGGAUUGCAAGCGUCCUAAGCUCCAGAAGAAGGUGGCGGCCCCCUCAACAAAGAAGCCCAAGGCCGUCACCUUACCAGAAGCAGGAAAAGACAGGUUGGAUAAGGUGGCCAAACCGAUUUUCAAAGCGCCUUAUCCAAUCAAGAAGCCAGGGUCUUCUCCUGCUUCUGGGCAAUCCUCGCCGGCACCUCCAAAUUGUUCAAAGAAACAAAGAAACUGAGUUCUUUUUCUUUGUUUCUUUUUUUUUUUAUUAUUUUGUAAAUAAAAUGUAAAUAUAC